AUGACACUGCAGCAGGUCGACGUCAGCAAGAUGGCCACGUGCCUCGAGGAUGCCGAGGAUGCCCUUCCAAGGUAUCGGAUGGAUCAGCAGUCCUACGGAGGAACUGCCCAUUAUGACACAUUACGGCGCAUCGUAAAGGAGGAGGCGGGAUGUUACCAGACAGUCGGAGGCACUAGUCAUGCUGAGAAGAUUGCAGUGUUAUGCGCAGAGAGCGAGCAUCUCUGCAAGGUUUCGCUACUGGGUCAGAGUGCGGCAUGA